GGUGAACGCGCGCACGCGACGCGGCUCCCGCCAGGGUCGGGCGCGCGCUCGCGCGAGCUCGCGGGAGGAGCGGCCGAGCGCGAGGCUGCAGCUCCUGUCGCCGGUGCUCCGCCCCCUCCUCCUCCUCCUUCGCGGGUGCCGCGGAGGCCCGGAGGGAGGGAGUCGCGUCCCCGCCCGCCGCGCGGCCAGUCGGACCCUCGGUCUUGCCGCGUAAGGAGCCAGCCGAGCAGAGCUCUGCGCGGAGACCCGAGCCGCAGCCGUCCCUCUGCAGGUGCCUGUGAGGAGGCUCCCGGGCCGCAGCCACGUCCAGAGCCCUCUGGCCGCGCACUCUCUCCCCGCGCUCCCGGGGGGCGGCCCGGCUGGAAGAGGCCGCCGCGGGGCCCGGCCUCAGCAUGAACCGAAGCCACCGACACGGGGCGGGCAGCGGCUGCCUGGGCACCAUGGAGGUGAAGAGCAAGUUCGGAGCUGAGUUUCGGCGUUUUUCACUGGAAAGAUCAAAGCCGGGGAAGUUCGAGGAGUUCUACGGAUUACUGCAGCACGUUCACAAGAUCCCCAAUGUCGAGGUUUUAGUGGGCUACGCCGACAUCCACGGAGACUUGCUGCCCAUAAACAACGACGAUAAUUACCACAAAGCCGUUUCGACGGCCAACCCACUGCUUAGGAUAUUUAUACAAAAAAAGGAAGAAGCAGACUACAGUGCCUUUGGUACAGACACAUUAACAAAGAAGAAGAAUGUUUUAACCAAUGUAUUGCGUCCCGACAACCACAGAAAAAAGCCGCAUAUAGUGAUUAGCAUGCCCCAAGACUUCAGGCCCGUGUCUUCUAUCAUAGACGUGGAUAUCCUCCCAGAAACGCAUCGCAGGGUCCGCCUUUACAAGUACGGCACGGAGAAGCCGCUCGGGUUCUACAUCCGGGACGGCUCCAGCGUCAGGGUCACCCCGCACGGCUUAGAGAAGGUCCCGGGGAUCUUCAUCUCCAGGCUGGUCCCGGGGGGUCUGGCCCAGAGCACGGGACUGCUGGCUGUCAACGACGAAGUGCUGGAAGUGAACGGCAUAGAGGUUUCAGGGAAGAGUCUGGACCAGGUGACAGACAUGAUGAUCGCCAACAGCCGCAACCUCAUCAUAACGGUGCGGCCGGCGAACCAGAGGAACAAUGUGGUCAGGAACAGUCGGACCUCGGGCAGCUCCGGCCAGUCUACGGAUAACAGCCUCCCCGGCUACCCACCGCAGGCCGAGCCGAGCUUCGAGCCGGAGGACGAAGACAGCGACGAAGACGACCUCGUCAUCGAGGACGACGGGGCGCCGCAGCAGAUCCCCAAAGCCGUUCCCAACGCGGAGAGCCUGGAGUCGCUGGCGCAGGUGGAGCUCAGUUUGGAGUCUGCGCAGAACGGCUUUGUGCCUUCGGGCGAAGUGAGCCUGGCGCCCGUGGCCAGCGGCACCAACACCGAGUUUGAGGCGCGCGUUCCAGAUCGGAAGCUCUUGGAAGAGGACGGGACCAUCAUAACGCUAUGAAAGCACCGACCGAAUGUUUUCUGGUGAGGACGCCGUUGGGGCGUGUAGGUUUGGCUCGUGUGACGCAUACAUACCUCUGAACCAGUGACCCGGAGCAGGCCUGAGAAACAAGAAGAUUGCAAGCUUCGAAUGUUAUUAAAAUAGUAGGUUGAUAAUUGCUAAUAUAAACUUGGGAGGGUCAGAGGUGAAUUUAAGUCUGAAUCAAAGGGGCCUUUGCUGAUGCAAUUAUGUGCUUUUGCUGUUCUGUCUGCGGAGAAGUGGAUGUGUGGGCACAUUCUCAGCGCGUGUGAGAGGACUCGGUCAUUUCUGUGGGGAGUGGUUGCGUAUUUAACCUGCUGUGCAGAGCCCGGUUAAUUUUUCCUUUAUAUAUAUAUAUAUUUUAAUUCUAAUGUGAAAAAAGGUCUGAUUCUAUCUUUUGGUACCUUGGGGACCUCAGCUCCUAUGUUCUCUAUAUUGUAUUUUGAUAUUUUAAUGUUGUUCCUCUGUUGCGAAUUGUAACAAGUAAUUUUUUAAGUGCUUUUUUUCCCCCCAAUUUCUAAUCAAAUCAAAACAGUCGAUUGUUUUUAGGAGUUGCUUCCUAUGUUAUAAAUCAUCGAAACGGUGUUCCUGAAUGAAGAAACUGGUAACCGUUGUUCGGGUCCACGCUUGUCCAUCCUGUAGUGUAGCGCUCACACUCACAAACUCACUCCAGAUGGGUGUAACUCUGAGUCGGGAACGGCGGUUCCAUCGGCGCUGGGCGUGUGGGAGACUGUCCCUUGACCCCAGCCUCCUCUUGACCUCUUCUCCGCCGCAUUCCCGGUCUCCCUGGAAACCAUCCCUUCGGUGGUUUGUGUGUGUGUCGUUCAUGUGCUUUCUGUACUCUUCAGUGUAUACGAGUAGUGCGGAUCGUUUUGAAUUAAAAAAAAAAAAUGCACCCGGAAUGAAGAGAUUUUUAUACACAGGACAGACUCAUGCACUUUUUAUAUGAACAGUUGGGGUUUUCCUUCAUGGGAUUUCUGGGGACACUGCCUACACUUUAUGAAAAUUAUAUAGUAUUCCCCUUUGACAGGUAGAGUUUAUCACUGUUAAUUUUAUGAGGGUAUUUAUUACUUUCCAAUGCAUCCACUUAGAACAAGUUAAGAGUAAGGCUGCUAACUUUGGUUCCUUGCCUGGUUCUGCUGUGUGGCGUGCGCAGACACCGCAGUAUGCUUGUACAUAGAAACUAAGAAUAGCGUGGAGCGCGUAAGUCCCCUUGCGUGCUUACAGAUAGGACUCUCAGUUAUUUAUUGAUUAAUUUUAUGGUAGGGCUCGUAUGGAUACCUUAUAACACUUGCGUGCUAUUAAAACAAUGAAGAAUCCAAGGACUCCGUUUUGAAGGUUAUUUUCUCUCUCUGGUCAAAAUGUAUGAAGAAGUAAAGUCACGAUUCAAUGAAGAUCACGAGACUCAGAAUACGUAGACGUAUUUUGUUCACAUUACCACUGAACACAUUGUCACUGAACCACUAACUACUAUUCAACAAUGUGUACCGCAAUGUACUUUUUCUUGAAUUCACCCACGUUCUUCCACUACGUACCACUGCUGUUUUUGAGUGGCAUUCUAGCUUUAGCAUUCUGUUUUGUAAGUUCGACUCUUGAAUGGCAAAGCAAUGAUAAUAAUGUGUAAGGUUAAAUUCAUGGAUAAGCAGUGCCAGGGGGUCAGCAUUUUAAGUAAAAACACUUUUCACACACUACCUCUCUCUCUCUCUCUCUCUUUUUUUUUUCCAACAAAGUUGUAACAUCAGAACUUCUCUUGUGGGGGAAAACACUUCAGGGCUUAACUUUUUGUACACAUUUUAACUGUAAAAUACAGACUCAUCCUGUGUGCGGUGUUCAUGACAGUGGGGGGUCGAAAGCUGCUAGUAUGUUUUGUUUUAAUCGUCAGUGGUGUUUUCAACUAGAUCUCAUGUAUUGGUACAAUAAUUGAUUCCUAGACGUAUUGUAAAACCAAUGGAUCUUGGUUAUACAAUAAAAUGUCGUUUCAUUGGUAGUCUGAACCAAUUAUUUCCAGUGUAUCAUCAUUAACAAAAAUACCAGUGGACUCAGCACAAAAUUUUCUAGGACUGAAUGUCAAGCUUAACUGUGAAUUUUGUUCUGUACCUUUAAGUAAAUUUAUGAUAAUGUUCUCAUGUGCUCUCAACAAAAUGUAUGUACUUUUUGUGAACUAUGAAUUUUCUAAUUAAAUUUUACAUACGACAA